AUGGACAACGGAGAAAUUGACGUGCACCUCACGAACUAUUUCGACAAUCAGCAGCUGGAGAAAGCACGCCUUCUGUUUGUCGCUGCAAACUGUGGAGUAGGGUGCGUCUUCGUCCAACGAUGUGACAACCCGAUAGGUGCAGGGGUUGAGAGUGAUGAUAUGGAAGUGGAUGAGGACGACAACGACAACGACAACGACAAUGACAACAACGACAACGACAACGACAAUGACAACGAUGGAGAUGAUGGAGAGGACGAUCCGAUGGGGUUUGAUGACAACGCGCUCGAUUGGUUGAAUGCCAAAGACUUCGGUGAUCAAGAUUUGCACCCCAACGCCAGUCCAGCCGCCAUCCGUUCAGCUAUGUUCAACAUCAACGGUGGUCCGCCUGCAGCUCUAACACGUGCGUUGAGAGUUGCACAGUAUCACAAAGAAUACAGGAGCGCCAAGGGCUGA